GUACUAUCGUACUAUCGUAAAAUAGCCGUUUCGACCCUCUCCAUAGGAUUACCCCAGACACUUUGCUGAGCAUCAGUACUGACAGCAACCACUGUUCUCCACUUGAAAAAAAAAAAAAAACGUUUGCUCUUGGCUCGAAAAUUAGCAGACGCACUGAUCAAUUUCAACGCAUAGCUGGAAUUUAAAGGAAGUAUAUUGAACAUCAUAGAUUUGAAAGUAAUUGGGAAUGUAUGACACGAAUGUCAGGUGUUAACUUAGCACUGUUGACGGGGAAACUGGAGUGUGCGAGUUGAGGAGAUGAGAUGUAAGAUAUAAUUCUGGGAGCUCCCGGUUGAUGCGCAAACUGAAUAGCAGAAAUACUGCUCAGAAUCAUUGCACAAAAUAAUUUAGAGAAAGUUUUGAGUGAAAAAAGUCCAGAUGAAUCCUAUUGGUUUUAUCAGCUCCCCUUUCAAACAGAAGAAUGGCACCCCCAGACAGCCAUCCAUUUGUGCCCAGUCCAAAGGCUCUCUGACAAUCCUUAAGUCAGUAUUUCCAAAUCCAGAGCAUGCAUUAGAUGGUUUGGAAGCAUUUUCACACAUAUGGGUUAUGUUUUUGUUUCACAUGAAUAAUAACAAAUACACAAAAGCCAAAGUUAGACCACCGAGACUGAAUGGUGUGAAAGUUGGAGUUUUUUCAACGAGAAGUCCAUAUCGCCCAAACCCUAUUGGGCUGACGUUGGCCAAAAUUGAAAAGAUAGAAGGUGCUACAAUAUAUAUCUCAGGGAUAGAUAUGCUAGAUGGAACUCCUGUGUUGGACAUCAAACCAUACAUAUAUGACUAUGAUCUUCCUAGAUCUUAUGGGCAACACGAGCAGCAAGGGGCGUCUGAUGUGAACAAGGAAAUUAAACAAUGCUUUCAACUUGAUAGUGAUGUUCACAGUAAAAAUAUUGGCAUAAAAGAUGAAAUGUCAUUUUUACAACCCACAGAAAUGUGUAUGUCACGUGGUGGUGAUAAAAACCAACAGGGAGAGUCACAAUUGGAUAACGUUUGUAUCACAGAUACCAGUUUAAGUGAUGAAAAUACAGCUUUCCAAACUCAAAUGAACGUCAAGGAAGAAAAACUGAGUAGUGAUCUGCUGACCUCCGCUGAAGCUAUAACACAAGCUGGGUGGAUUUCAGCUCCACCCAUUUCAAAACUUGAUGUGAGAUUUAGCCCCACUGCCACGAAGGAACUUGAAAUGUUUUCUAAAAGCUCAUCUAACCCCCAUUAUGUAUUUUCUCACUUUGAUUCUGUACAAGAUGCAAAAAAUGCCAUAGCAAAAAUUUUACAAGCAGAUCCAAGGUCACCAUACCGAAGGACGAAGUGUACUGACAAACUGUAUUAUUUUGCCAUUGAUUCAUUUCAUGUGACGGCUUGGUUUGAUGACGAUGUUAAUGUGGCUGAAGUUUUGAAAGUUAAACCUGUUAGCCUUUCUAAGCUGACUUAUCUGACAGAACUUGAAUCAGAGGAGACAAAUAAAUAAAAAAAGUUGAUGCUGUAGCACUCACAUUUUCUGUCAACUUAUGCAAACGCGCACCCUGAGCUUCAGAGACUUAAAACGGCAAGGGUAUCACAUAGUGUAGAGGUACGUUUCAAGUUAUCUCUGAAGCUCGGGUGCAUUUCACGGAGCUAUCGUUAUUGUCCCACCACUGGCUAAUAAGUGAGGUGGUCAGACCUUGGACUAAUCAUACGCAUGCUUAAGAAAUGAAAUAAAAGGCUGCUUAGUUACUGUGUUUUGUC